CCUCGGGGCUGACCGUGCUCGGGAGACAGGGGGAAGGGGGGUUGCCCACCCGAGCGCUUCACCGGGACACUACCAGGGUGUAGGGAGGGCCGCCCGGACUGCCCGCAAUGCCCCCACCCCCACAAAACAGCUCAAAAAAGAAAAAAAGGGGGGGAGCCCUUUAUUGUUAUUGUGGCUGUUCCCGGCCUCCCGGCGCUCCGCGGUGCCAGGAUUUCCCUGCAGCCCGCCCUCCCCGCCCGCAGCGCCGCCGGCAGCGCCGCCUCCCCGCGGCAGCCGCUCGCCGCCCGCGGCCCCGCGCCGCGCCCCCGGCACACGGGGCGCCGCCGCCCGCGCACUGACAGACGCUCGCAGGUGCCGCGCUCGGCCCGAGUCGCGGAGGGGCGGCCCCGCUGCCCUCCCGGCUCCGCACCGGCGGGAGGGAGGAGCGGCGCGGGAGCAGCGGCGGCGCCGUUUUCUCAAGUUGAGGAAGUACCAGGCAUUUGGUUGGUACCUGACCCCAAAACGUGUGCUCUACCUUGCGAAGAGCUGAUGUGGGAGACAUUUACCUUCAGAUACUCCACAGUUCUCUGUAUCAGAAGAAUAAGAUUUUGUGUGCAAGAGUGGUUCAAGAUGACGAUGUAACAUUGCUAACACUGAAGGUCUCCUGAGAAGUACUGGCUUUGUAAGAGGCUUCUUCUCUAAGCUUUUUUUUUUUUUAACAACUUCUCUCAGAAGCAACAAGCAAGAUGCCAGCCAAGACACCCAUCUACUUGAAAGCUGCUAACAAUAAGAAAGGGAAGAAAUUCAAACUAAGGGAUAUCUUAUCUCCUGAUAUGAUCAGUCCUCCACUUGGAGAUUUUCGUCACACCAUACACAUUGGGAAAGAGGGACAGCAUGAUGUUUUUGGAGACAUCUCAUUUUUGCAGGGCAACUAUGAGCUGUUGCCUGGAAAUGAAGGUGAAACCAGAGUUAGCCAGUCUGGUAUCCACAGUGAAUUCUUAAGGGCAAACAGCACUUCUGAAUCCAUGUUUACGGAAACUCCAUCACCAGUGCUCAAAAAUGCUAUUUCCCUUCCUGCCAUUGGGGGUUCUCAAGCCCUUACAUUGCCUUUAUUAUCACCAGUGACAUUUAAUUCAAAGCAAGAAUCCAUCAGGUCAUCCAGAAAUCCUAGGCUUAGCUGCGAGCCAGUAAUAGAAGAAAAACUGCAGGAGAAAGGUAAAGAGAUGGAGGAUGAAGAAACAUACAAAGAUGACAUAUGGGAGCAAAAUGGUUCUUCUUCACGUUUUACCAACGGUAGCGACAGUCACUCAUCCAGCUUUUCUGAACGAUGCACUGAUUGGCAAACAGUUGAUUUACUGGAUGACAGUCGUCUUUCAUGUGAACUAACCAAGACUAAGUCAGAAGAAUCCCUUUCAGAUCUUGCAGGCUCUCUUCUCUCAUUACAACUUGACUUGGGGCCCUCACUUUUGGAUGAGGUUCUCAAUGUAAUGGACAAGAAUAAAUCUUAGAACUGGUACUCCCUUGCUUCUUUAUAAGUGAAUCACUUAAAAACAAACAAAAGACCACAGUUCAAAAGCAGAUGCUUAAAAAUCAGCUGUAUUUGCAGUUGUAUGAUGAGUUUUCUAAAAAUAUUCUUAAAAUACUAUUUUUUUACCUAUUGUUUUUCAUGAUUUUUAUUACACUAAAUUCUCAUAUCAGGAAGGUAAAUUUUAAUAAUCGGUUUCAGCAAACAUAAAAUGUUUUUAAGUACCAGUAUUAAUGAUCAGAAACUUAAGAAACAGCGUUUGAGGAUGAUACUGAUUGUGACAUUUGCUUAGUUCACUUCUACAGGCUUCUGAAUAUGUGAGAAUCUCUUAAUGUCAGAAAGGAGACUGGCUAAUUAUUCACUUUUAUAAAUUAUUACAAUAUCACUUUACGUGUAGGCCUCUUUCUAGAACCUUGUGUUUGAGGGUUUUAUAGUGUUUUUCUUCAUUUUCCAUAGUACCAUUUCUGUUAUAAAUUCACCAUAACUACUUUCUCGGUCUUAUACUACCGCUCUGAAUUCAGAUGUGAACAGUUUGAAGGCUUUUUCAGCUUGAAUAACCUGGUCCAGUCUCAGCUGCUUUAAAUGAGUAUGCACAAAUUUACACAUGUUGAGGCUUGGGCCUGACACUGUAUAUGAAAUGUUAUGUUGUAAACAGGUGACACAUGCAAGAUAUUAUGGUUAAAUUAUUUUAAAAGUUGAAAUAUAUUUUCUGUGUGCAUAUUGGCUUUUUACUGCAGAACCUACACAUACAGUAUCUCAUCAAAAUACUUGCUUGGCAUUAUUGGUGCUCUUCUGAAAAUUGUAUAUUUGUGUGUUUGAAGAGAAAUAUGUAUUAAUAGUCCUUGCUUUUUUCUUCAUUUAUUUCCACAACAUGCUUAAACUUGCAACUGGUUAUUUUACUUUUUGAAGAAGGCACUGGUUAUUCACAAUGCUAGUGAUGUGUGCAGCAACAGCCAAUGUUUGCGAAAUGUGGAUCCUUCAAUACAGUACCUACAUGGAUUGCAUAAAUACCUUGUGCAAUACAAUAAAAACCCUUUAAAUUGC